AUGGAGGUGAGAACUACGAGGAGAUUAGCUGGUUCAUCGAUUAAUCAUCUUGUGGAUAGGAAUAGGAAGCAUCUCUUAAACUUGCCACGUAAAAGAAAGAUGGAGAAGCAAGGGGAGAAGGGUAGAAAGAGUGAAUCAGAAAAAGAAAGCCUUGAAGGGCUUCCAAUGAAGGACAGUCCCUAUUUGCAAUACAAGGACUUGGAAGAAUACAAGUCUAAGGGGUAUGGUACCCAAGGUCAUCAAGAACCAAAUCAAGGUCGUGGAGCUGGUGCCACUGAGGCACCCACUCUCUCUGGUGCUGCAGUUUCUUCUGAGUCCCAAUUUGCUGCCACUGAUGCCAUUAAUCGCCAAGGAGUCCCUUAAUUAGCACUAUCUAUAGUUCCUUUGUGCAAUAAGAAAUCGUUUUUUUUUUUUUUGUGGUGGCUUAAAUUUGCAUUUAGCAUACUGUAAUAGCUAUAUAACACGUUGC